AUGUUGCGAUGGCUUCAGUCGACCGUCCAAAUUUCGGGCGGCUACGGCGGUUCUGCUGUGCGAAUGCAUGUAGCGCAGAAGCUAUAUCCCAAAUGUAUAUCUCACCUUGGUCUCCUUAAACACCAGUCCUCCAUCUUGUCAGGUCAUUCCGCUCGCUUUCGUGUUCUCAGUGCAGUGUCAGGCUUUCCCCAGAAUGGAGAAGCAGAUGUACCUCAAUCGUCUGUACUUCGUGAUGGCGCCGAAUACGUGUCAAAUGAACGUAUCAGAGACUUCGAAAGACUGCGCCUUUAUCUCACUUCUGCACCCACGAAGAAACUUGCACCGGAACUUCUUGUUUCCUUGUACGACUCUGUGCGGGUCAGUUCACAGUUCAAGUCGUUUAGUGCUACCCAACUUAGCACUCUCAUAAGUAUACUUGGCUCCUCUUCUCUUCCACCGGAUGCUCCUCGCAUUAGGAACAAUUAUGUGGACGGCACGUCAAAUACUUCUGCCUACUGGUCCCAUGUUCUAUGCAUAGCAGAUGAUAAGAAGGCGUUGGGCUUCCUCCUCAAUGAUGGAGAUCAUUAUUGGGCUAUGUGGGCUUGGCUUGCACUGUCCCGUUCUGGUGAACACGUGAAAGCCUUAUCCAAUGCCUCAAAACAUUACAAUCAGAUAUGGCAGAAGACCAAAUUUCCCGAUAUUUUGGUCCCUUAUCUUGAGACUUUGAUAUCGACUGGCAGCUCGGAACAUCUUCAAACUGCCGUUGUCGACCUUUGUAACAUACUAGGAGUACACACAAACCUUCACGGACGCUCUCUCAAACUCAUAUGGGAUAUCUUCCUCUCUUCUUCGACGGCUUUGACACCAUCUAUGAAAACUUCUAUCCUUCAUGCUUUGUGGAGUCGGUCUACUAUGUCUCACACCACAGUUCAACGCAGUAAUUAUAUGGCUACUCACAUGUUCAAUCCUCUUACCAAACGACACGAACGUCUUCCUUUGGACAUCGCUCACCUUAUCGCAAGCCUUGGGGCACCUCUCUUCCCGUUCUUUCUGGUGUCUGUUCCUUUAUCCGUUCAACGCUGGGCUCGUCGUCAGACUGCAGCAGCUUUAUCUCCAUCCUGUUCUGACGAAGUCCGCUGGACGAAUUUCUCCCUUUUCGCUUUGAAUCAGGCUGCUCGUAAAGGUCUAGGUAAUCGCAUACCUACUUUGGACCCCAAUUUCGCAGGCUCUGAUUUAAACGAUUGGCAUAUCGUUCUCACUCUGUCAAUACUUGAAAAUGUGGUCAACAGCUACAUGGUAUCUGCUCAAGGAUCUGAAUUAUGUUCUCUAUCAGGGGCUUUAUGGGAAAGAUGGAUGAGUUUCAAAGCUGAUAGGCCAAUUUUUGUCUCUCGAGCUGUUGUGAGCUCCUUUUUACGGCUCGCCGCACGAACGCAGGACACCUAUAUCUUGGAUCAAUGUUACCGCUACUCCAUAGAUCAUGCUCUUUGGCAGACGAAUCCAGAUCAUACUGCCGCCGAUCGAGCUCAAAUUGAAGCUCUUAUUGGUUUUCACUUCGCGGCUUUCAUUCGUUGUCAUGGGAGACGUUGGGCCGAUAUUCUUCACUUCUUGGAUGUACAGAAGGAUCUAUCCGUUUCCGGAUCUCAUGCAGAUUUUGUCAUUCAGAGAUUAUCUUCCUUGGACAUUGAGAUCGCUUUUGAAUUCUAUGAAUUCUGCAUCUCUCAUAGUGUUCCAGUCGGUGUCGACAUCACUACUAUGUUGGCGACUGCAAUGGCUCCAGUUCGCGUACAUGUGGUUUUUCCUAUGCUCGAGCGUGGACUCAAUCACGCUCAAAUGGAGAAGGUUCUCUUAGCAUUGCUAGAUACGCUGCGAACACAACGCCACCAAUAUUUGAAUCCGGCCUCGGGGCGUAUCCUUGGACGCGCUUUAUGCAAACUUUUACAGUCAAAAGCUCCUGUAGUACGAAUUAAGUAUCCGCUGCGGUACUCUCUUUUACGGCUGGUCGCGUCAAAUUGUGCUACAGAUGCUAUCCGGAUAGUCGAGCUGGUUGACGAGGGUGCCCCCUCUUUUCUCAGUGCUCGAUUUCUGCAUCGGCUACUCGGUAUUUUCCUUCGCCAUCGACAGUAUACCUUAGCUGGGCGCCUCUACUAUAUCAUGAAGAGCAGGUCUAUACCUUCGCAAGAUAGAUUCCGCAGGAAGUUAAUUCUUGGGCUGAUGAGAGGUGGGGCAAACACGUUUGCGAAACGCUUUCGAAGUUCAAGGUCGACUAGGUCUACAGUUGAGAGAAUGGUUACCCGACUGGAAUUUAGAGGUGCUAUCCCGUGUCGUACAUCCUCUGACCGCGUCCUGUCGAUCGUUCGGAAAUAUCCCAAUGAUAUACCCAGCAUCAAAUCGGCGUUCUCCGCCCUCGUUCUAUCUAAACGCCCUGUAGCUGCAAAACGUCUGUUCCAGGACUCUUUGCCGUAUCUGGAUUCACCAACCAAAGUCUGGCUCGGUAACAUGUUCCUCCAUCGUAUCCUCCGCCGUUUUGAUAAACGGAACAUGCAGGUUGUGAAGAAACUUCUACGGGCGAAGAACUAUCUGAUGAUGAAUUUCGGGUUCACUGGAGACCGUAUCACAUUCAAUAUUCUUCUGAAAGGCAUGCUUCGCUGGAAGAACGUCUCGUCCUCCAAAACUCGGAUGCUCUUUGACGAUUGCAUCCGGAUGGGGUACCCCGUCGGUUCUCGCUGGCGGAGGAUCAACAAUGUUCCUUUCGGCACUCAGUCCCUUUCUCCGCCUAUCAAUUUUGGGAUGCCGAUGCUAGACCCUCAUAUAUCCUUUCAGCGCCAUGUACGACCAUUGUACAAAAUGUUCAUCAAAGCAUUCUAUUUACGCAAGGAUGUCGAGGCUGCGAAGACCGUUGUUGGAAUUCUGAAGAACGAGGAAGCAGAGAAUUUAUCGAGGCAACAGUAUCGAGAUCGCAGCCGUCUCGAGGGAUUGCGAAGGCGCAGACUGACCAAAGGAACAACAAUGUCAGAUGAUAAUUUGUGA